AUGGAUCCUACCGAUGAAACCCUAAUGUCAGACGUCGACGGCGGGCUCGAGCCUGUGGCGGCGAUCCUGGCCCUUAUCGGCGUGCUGGGUAUAGUGAACAACUCCACCACCCUGUACCUCGUGGGCCGGUACAAACAGCUCCGGACACCGUUCAACAUCCUGAUGGUUAACCUGUCGGUCAGUGACCUCUUGAUGUGUGUCCUGGGCACACCCUUCAGCUUCGUGUCCAGUCUGCACGGCCGCUGGAUGUUCGGCCACUCUGGCUGUGAGUGGUACGGCUUCAUCUGCAACUUUCUGGGUAUUGUGUCCUUGAUCACCUUGACGGUCAUCUCCUACGAACGGUACCUGCUGAUGAAGCGGCUCCCAAACGAACGUAUUCUGUCGUACCGUGCGGUGGCGCUCGCCGUGGUCUUCAUCUGGUGCUACAGCCUGCUGUGGACGGCUCCACCGCUGGUGGGGUGGAGCAGCUACGGACCGGAGGGAUACGGCAUCUCCUGCUCGGUCAACUGGGAGUCACGCACCGCCAACGACACCUCCUACAUCGUGGCCUACUUCGUGGGUUGCCUGGUCUUUCCCGUCGCCAUCAUAGUUAUCUCAUACACCCGUCUCAUCCUUUACAUGCGUCAGCAACUACCGGACGCACAGCAAGGUGCACAGAAGCAAGCACAAGGUGCACAACAGCAGCCACAAGGUGCACAGCAGCAGGCCCCAUCUGCACCGAUGCAGAUGCUGGUGCGGCGGGAGAAGAGAGUGACCAAGAUGGUGGUGGUGAUGAUCAUGGGGUUCACGAUCUGCUGGACCCCUUACACCAUCGUAGCGCUCAUCGUCACCUGCGGGGGAGAGGGCAUCAUCACCCCGGCGGCUGCCACGGUGCCCGCGCUCUUCGCCAAAUCCAGCGUGGUCUACAACGCCGCCAUCUAUGUGGCCAUGAACAAUCAG